AGCACAUCAGCAGGCAGAGUCAACAGAUCGAUGACUUUUAUUACGCAAGGUGACGCAGCCCCGCCGCUGCAUAAAUACCGGCGACGGCAGCGUUGCAGGAGCAAACUGGGAGUCUGAAGUCAAGAAGCUGCAGGCAAGACAGAAAAAAAAGUAGUUUGGUGAUUAUUUGACCAAAAUGCAGGCAGUGCGUUCGUGUUCAACAUGCGCCGCCCGGGUCAGCGAACAACUUCUGGGCUCGCCACGAGAGUUUCUCAGAAGGAGAGGAGCAGCAGGCACACAACUGCUCAGCGCUCCAGGCAUCCUCUUCAGUGCCAGAGAGACAGCAAAGCGGAAGUUAGUGCACCAGCAAGCGUGCGCAAGCGCAAGGACGGCGCCUUUGAGUUUGAGCCACCUUGGCGCCGCCUCGUCCUCGCAACAAGCAGAGCAACUGAGUCACGACGCACUGAUCGGAAGGGCGACGUCGCUGGUCGCCGACGGCACCAGCGCGCUCCUGUCGCAGAGCACCUUCGCCCUGGUCCACGCCCUCCGCGCCUACGCUAAGGCCGUGCACGCCCGCAUCACGCUGCAGAGACGUUUCCUGAUCUCGCUGGGAAAAGUGAGCCCGGCCGAGGAGGACUCGCUUCAGCGGGCCAUCUUGCAACACAAGGCGCAGGUCGGCCAGCAUCUGGACGAAUGCAAACGCUUCGAGGGCACCUGGCUCAAGGCCGUCGACUUGUGCCAACGGGCGGCGGAGGCGGCGUCCGCGUCCGGGUCGGAGCAGGCGUCCGUCACCUUGAUGGCCAACGUCCGGCUGGCGCGCUCGCACGCCCAGCCGGCCCGCGACGAGGCGGCGGCGGCGGAUAAGAAGCUGGCCGAGACCAAAGUGGACGAGAUCCAAAGGAUGGCCGAGUACGCCGCCUCCCUGGAGGACGCCGACGAGCUGGAGAUACACGAGGCUUACCUGAGAGAGGACUGAAGAGGACGCGCCCCUCGGCCGCGGACGUCCGCUCGGCAUUCACAAAUUCACACGUUCGCUUUCUGUUACUUCUAGCACGUAUUAUUUUGCCGACGGGAGUGAGUUGAGGACUUUCACGUGGACAAAACUAGUGCUUUGCCACCAACUUGGAAACAUGUUGCAGUGAGGUGAGGGGGGGGGGGGGGAAGUCGAGCUCACCUCAGUGUUUGAAGGAAGUCUGCUGAAGCGCUGUGAGUUUAGGAGCUUCAUUUAGACAAAGCGAGUGCGUCGCGAACGUCUUGUGGCGUCAAGGAAACGGACUCAAAUGAGACGACGAGUGGCCCGGAGACAAAAACGAGUGCUUGGCCACCAAUUUGUGGCAUCAGGGAAAGUUGAGGACUUCCGUUGAGACAAAAAGUGUACCGGGCCACCACCUCACGGCAUCUCGUUGAUGUGUUUCAUUUAGACCCCCCCC